AUGUCCAGUAUCACCAGCGGUAUUACAACAGUAACCGGAUCAAUGCUUCGUUUAAAUCAUUAUUUAACCAACAACAAUAUUUUAGGUUUUGCAGUGAAAAAUAGUCGUGAUCGGUUUUUGAUUCCAAGCAAUCAAAACUCAUACAAUGAUAUACAAAUAGAAUAUAUAUUAAUAGAUAGUGGUUCCAAUUCGUCAUUAUUCCCGUUACCAAUGACUCCAGAAAAAACAUUUGAUAUUUAUCGUUUAAUUCAAAAUUUUCCCUUUGAUCGUUACACUUGGACCAUUGGAACUGCACAUGGCAUUGGUGUUAUACAUGAUACUACUUUGAAUAUUAAACCACUUGAAGAUAAUGGUUCAUCAUCAAGUAAAAUUAAAUGUAGUUUACAUUCUGAUAUUAAUAAAUUAGAAUUUGAAUUACCUCACAUUAGAUUUUCACUUGAUAGAGAAUCUUUGAAAGUUUUAUUUGAAACAGAUAUUGUACCUUUUUCGGAUCCCGAUAAAGAAACAAUUAAAAAUACUUUAAAAUUCUUGGACGAUUUUAUUAACUAUUUUCCAUUAAUGAUUAACAAUAAAAAACGUGAUUAUUGUCUUUUGGGUCAACAUUUUUUCCGAAAUGUUGGUUCUAUUCAAUUAAAUGAAGUAAUAAUAUUUAUUGAUAAACAAAAAUUACGGGAAAAAUUAUUUCCACCAAUUAACAAAAGUGUUAAUGAAAUUAUAAACUUCUUAUUUUACCAACGGCCUACAUUUGCUAAAACUGAACAAUUUCUCUUUUGUGAGGACAAUGAACAUGGUGGAAAAGAUUUGUUGAACAUAUCUAGUGAACAAAUAGAUGUUGAUGAACAUUAA